AUGGAGAAUAAGCCGAUUGAUGGAACGAGCGAUCUGUUUUGCUAUGAUUUUGAUCAGAGCUGUCGAUGGCGUAAUCUGGAUAGUUUGCUAAUUGAUGAGCUAGACUGGUUUCGUGGCACUGGAUAUCUGGACAGCAACCGGCUCAAGGUCGCAACGGGAUCGCAUACAACGCCGGAUGGUGCUUACGGAAUAGUUGCAACGGAUCGAGUGCAGCUAGCUGGUGCUAAAGCAACACUUGUCAGCGAUGUGAUAACUUGUCAGCUGGGUCCAGGCGAACUCCGAUUUAUGUACUGGAUAAGUCCGGAAGUGCGGCUAACUGUGUGCUUAAAACGUACCAGUCGACCGUAUCCUAGUUUUGACCUCUGCACGACUCCGAUACGAGGAGGCAGCCCGGGUCCCGCACACAUCAACAUCGCUGACCUUGAAAGACAGCCUUUUCAGAUUUUCAUCCAAGUGGACAAUUUUGUGUUCCGAUCAGCCAAUCUCGAAGGUGGUUUCGCGAUCAUUGAUAAUAUUGAAUAUUACGGCGAUCUAUGCUCUGAUGCAGCAAUGCUUCCAAGCGCUCCACCACUGAAAAAACAAACAAAUCGUUGGUAUCGUGAAAUGAUUCCUCUACAGGCUGGUUCUUAUGAUUACAUAGCUGUCGAAGUCAAAGACUUAAGUGACGGUGAAUAUAUUGGAAUUGACGAAUUUAUGGUACUUAAUUCGAAGAAAAGGCCAGCUUGCUUAUCAUAG